AUGGUUCCACGACUCCGGGUCCACCACGACACCAACCCGGCAUUCCGGGGCCUACCGUCCCGCUACGCGCCCCGCCUGGCGAACUCGCCCCCGGCGGCCGUCGGCACCGCCGACGACGACGGCAGACUGUGGACCUCGGUCUGGGGUGGUGGGCGGAGGGGCUUCGCCCGAGCGCUGGGCGGCGGUGGGGACGUGCUGGUCAUGGAAAGCCUUGUCGGCGGGCUGGACCCCGUGUCGGGUGCCUUUCUAGGCGGCGGCGACGGCAGCAGGCAAGCGGUCACGGCCAGGCUGGUGGGCAGGGAGCACAUCACGCCGACCAUCAGCCGGUUCUCGUUCACGCUCUCGCAGCCGUGCAGGUGGGCGGCAGGACAGCACGUCACGCUCGAUUUCUCGGCGAGGUUGGACGGCGGGUACGCUCACAUGCGAGACGGCGAUCCGCAGAGCCUAAACGACGACUCCGUCCGGACGUUUGCCGUAUCCGCCCCCCCCCCCCCCGUUCCGCCUUCCGGAGGGGACCGGCAGCCGUCGUCGCCGUCGCUGUCUGGAGAUUACGGCGCGCAGAAGCGGUCGGACGACGGGCCUCCUGCGGGCGUAUCCCCUCGACGGCACGCCGCUGGACGUACCGGUCAUGGGGUUCGGGGGUUCGGGGGGAUCGUCUCGUCUCUGAGCGGGACCGAGGGGGAGGGAGGUGUUCGCCGCGGCGGGGGAGGAGGGUUCCUCGACGGCACACGGCCGUCCUCAUUCCGGCUGCUGUGGAGUCUACGGGCGCAGGACCUGGACUUUGCUACGGACUCGUUUGGGAGGAUAGCGGGGUUGGCAGCGGUGACGACACUGUUCGUCACGGGGAUAGCGACUGCAGAGGAGAAGGCGGGGGAGGGGGAGACGGAGACGGAGACGGAGACGGAGACGGAGACGGAGGGGGAGGGGGAGAAGGCGGGGGAGGGGGAGAGGGAGAGGGAGAAGAAGAAGGAUGAGGAGGAGGAGGAUAAAGAUGUCAAGUCCAAGGGGCUGUUGGAGACAUUGGGAGUGGCUGGGGUGAAGACGAGACGUAUCGGGGCUGGUGAUCUGGUCGAAUUCAAGGAUCGAGAUGCCAAGCUUUACCUCUGCGCAGCGCCGAGGAUGACGGGGCAGUUGACGAGUUGGCUGGAGGGGGAGGAGGUGGUAUGGGAGGAUUUUGGAUAUUGA